AUGGGCCGGGGGUCCCUGCAGCAGCAUCUGCCGAGGCCCGCGGAGCCCCCGGGGCUGUUGGCCGGCUCUGGGGGCCAGACGGAGACCCACGAGAGGCGCUGGAGCCCGCACGGCUCGGGGGAAGCCGGCUGGACACGGGGCCCCGACGGCAGCCGGGAGCUGGGACCCCCGGGCUGCGCUCCCGGCCCUGGCCGUCCCACCCUGCCGGUGCUGAAGGCGGAGCCGGCCGCCGUGUUUAAGUUCCCGCUGGCUCCCCUGGGCUGCUCGGGGCUGGGCUCGGCGCUGCUGGCCGCCGGCUCGGGGCUGCAGGGCGGCUCGGCCUCGCCGCAUCUCCCGCUGGAGCUGCACCUCCGCGGGAAGCUGGAGCCGGGCCCCCCGGAGCCGGGCAAGGCCAAGAAGGGCCGCCGCAGCCGCACCGUCUUCACCGAGCUGCAGCUCAUGGGGCUGGAGAAGCGCUUCGAGAAGCAGAAAUACCUCUCCACGCCCGACAGAAUAGACCUGGCCGAAUCGCUGGGACUCAGCCAGCUCCAGGUGAAAACCUGGUACCAGAACAGGCGCAUGAAAUGGAAGAAAAUAGUGCUGCAGGGGGGCGGCCUGGAGUCCCCCACCAAGCCCAAGGGCCGCCCGAAGAAGAACUCGAUCCCCAGCAGCGAGCAGCUCUCGGAGCAGGAGCGCGCCCGGGAUGCCGAGAAGCCGCCCGAGAGCCUGGGCUCGCCGGCCGAGGUCAGCCAGGAGGAGUGAGGGGGGCUCGGCCCCCACGGCCCCGCCGGGCCCCCCGAGGGCACGGAGGGCAGCUCGGACAGCGGCUGCGGCCGCCUUCGGCCUCGGGACUUUUGGACGCUUUGACCGCACGCCGGUCUCACCUCCGCUCCCCUCCGGCCAGGAGCACACUGGAUCCCACCUUCCACAUCUACUCGCUGUCUAAAACCCUGUGGUGCCCCUAGUUAUUCGAAAACUGCAUUUUAUGAUCAGUUUUAUUAAUGCGAAGAUAUUUACUUUAUUUCAAUAAAGUAUUUUAUGAAUUAUU